CUUUACCUGUAGCUCAGGUGAAAGUCCCUCUACUCUCUGUUCCUCAUCAUGACCCUGAUGAUGCUCAUUAGAGUGAACCUCCACCUCAUGUCUUGCUGGGUGAAUAAGUGAUUAGCUGUAACCUAAUUUACAAUUAUCCCAUUUUGAGUCAGCAUUCAGGUUUUACUGCUAACCUUAAUCUGGGUUAUGCGCACAGAAACACCUGUUCCUGUGCGCACACACACACCAGCCUCCCGCUCUCCUGUUGGCUCUGCGGCUGCUCUGAAAUGAGUCCUCUGUUAUAGCCCUGUCCGAGGGGCUCAGUGUAACUUUUCGGGAAAUGAACGAGGCAAACCGAUGGCCCUGGACCGAACAGCCAUUCUGGACUUCUCCAGAAUGGACAAAUAGCCAUUCCGCCCCUGUCUGUGCGAGUAGUUGCGCAUCCGCGGUGACCCAUGCGCGAAUAACAAUUUUUCUUUUGGCACAUUGUCAGGUUAGAUUGAGUGGGCAGUAAUUAUAAGGAAUACAAUCGAAACAAAUCUGAUUGUUUUUAAAUAAAAACGUAGACUCUAAUGUCAUUAGUGCAUUUUGUUUGGCAGACAUGCACCUCUAAAUGUUUUCUUUCGUGGGAAAGAGGCCUAUUCAGAAACCAUCCAGGGUUUCAGCCCCGGAGGCCCACGUCUGCUUAAGACAGCCGUGAAAAGAUUUUUUCUCUAUAUAUUUUGUUCAGUCUUUGUCCGUGCUUUUUCCUUUACUUCCACCGUUAUUAAAAAGCCCUGUUAAAACAUGUCUAAUAACCUUUUUUUUUCUGUUAAAAUGGAAGCUAUGACCUGUGCCAGAAGGCUCAGAUUUUGAGGUCACAUUUUAUUUAUGAGCUUCUCCUUCCUUGAACUCUGAGCAUAGAGAUAAAAAUUAAAUUCGGUAAAAGUAAUUUAUGUUUUUUUUACGAAAAAAGGAAUUUUUUUUUUUAAACUUUUUUUAUUUUUGCACUUCUGACAGCGCUGUGCACGCUUUAGAGAGGGAGAGAGAGAGGGAAAAGAGGAGGUGAAAGAGGAGGUGCAUAAGACGGUGGAGGUGGAAUAUGCAGUAACUGAACAAUCUCUCAAAGUGCGGGGACAGACGGGAGCUAAUAUAAACAGGCUGUCCUUCACUCGGGGCUAUCAGGGAGUAAGGAAGCAGUUACAUCUGUCACUGACCCUCGGCGCUUGAAAGAGGCAGCUGCAGCCCAUGUAGAGCGGCCAGCGGUCAUGGCCACGCUGGAGGGCUGUCGCUGUCAGAGUGCCAGCGCCCGAAACAACAACAGUAUUCUCUACAGCAUUCUGAAGAGCGAUAGCCUGGUGACCGCCGAGGAGCCACAACACCAUCAACAGCUGCAUUCCCAACAUCAAACCCUACAGCAUCUGCUCCUGAAGGGCUCCUCUGCCACCUCCGUCCCAGGCUCACUGCAGGAGCUCCGGCAGCAGGCAUGCUCCUGCGGCUCGACGCGCCGCCGGGGCGUGCUGCGCUCCCCGCAGGAGACUUGCAAAGCUGCGUCGGCGGUGCUGGUGAAGACGCUGCACUUUGUGAAAAACGUCCCCUGCUUCUGCGAGUUGCCGGAGGGUGACCAGCUGAUGCUGAUCCGGAGCGGCUGGGCCCCUCUGCUGGUGCUGGGGCUGGCGCAGGACAGGGUGGACUUUGAGACGACGGAGACCGUGGAGCCCAGCAUGCUGCAGCGCAUCCUCACCGGUGUGCCGGAGCGGCAGAGCGAGGUCCGGGCCGUUCAGAACAGGGCAGCAGUCGGGGUGUCCGUGGUGGAUAUCGAAACGAUCAAAGCCUUUCUGAAAAAGUGCUGGAGUGUGGAUAUCAGCACGAAGGAGUACGCGUAUCUGAAGGGAGCUGUGCUCUUUAAUCCUGAUCUGGAAGGUCUGCGUUGCCUCCACUACAUCCAGGCGCUGCGUCGGGAGGCGCACCAGGCUUUGAACGAGCACGUCCGGCUGAUCCACCGCGAGGACUCGACGCGCUUUGCCAAGCUGCUCAUCGCCCUGUCCAUGCUGCGGGCCAUCAGCCCGCUGGUGGUCGCACAGCUCUUCUUCAGACCCGUCAUCGGGGCGGUUAACAUCGAGGAGGUGCUCAUGGAGAUGUUCUACGGAAAGUAGGGCACUCGCGGCUACAGAGCAGGAAUGAAUCCAGGCUCAAAAAGGCUCUGAACUUGUAUUGUGUGGGAGGUGAAACUGAUAUGGACCUGUAACAAGCAAGAAAGAGUGUGCGUGUGUGUGUGUGUGUGUGUGUGUGUGUGUGUGUGCGCACGCAUGUGAUAAUGAUAGCGACAGAGAAUGUGGGUGGGAAGAUAUGUUAUGACAGAGGAAAUCUUAAAGCAGCUGCUGGAAUUCUUAACUUAUUUGUUUUUAUAAAGACUAUUUUUCUAAAAUAACAAUAAACACAUUAUCAAAUUAC